AUGGUGAGCCAACUUGUUUGGCAGCGGGUCUCUGCCUCUCGUGGGAUGGCCACACGCCUCUCCCCACAACGGCUCUUCGCCCGUGGCCUAGCCACUGAGGCCUCCUCCUCCCGCAUGCCCCCAUACCCCAAGCUCGUCCGUAACCUCGAGCAGGUCCGCCGAGUCCUUGGAUCUGACCGCGCCCUCACCCUUGCCGAGAAGAUCCUCUACGCUCAUCUGGACAAUGUCGAAGAGUCAUUGCUCACCGGGACCAACAAUGGCCGCGACAUUCGAGGCAAGGCCAACCUGAAGCUGAAGCCCGACCGCGUUGCCAUGCAGGAUGCCUCGGCCCAGAUGGCUCUGCUCCAAUUCAUGUCCUGCGGUCUUCCCUCCACCGCCGUCCCAGCCAGUAUUCACUGCGACCACAUGAUCGUCGGUGAGCGCGGUGCCGAUACCGAUUUGCCAGCUUCGAUCAAGGGUAAUAGCGAGGUGUUCGACUUCUUGGAGAGUGCCGCUAAGCGCUACGGUAUUGAGUUCUGGCCCCCUGGUGCUGGUAUUAUCCACCAGAGCGUGUUGGAGAACUACGCCGCCCCUGGAUUGAUGAUGCUCGGUACCGACAGCCACACUCCUAACGGAGGUGGUCUUGGUGCUAUUGCCAUCGGUGUCGGUGGUGCCGAUGCUGUUGAUGCGCUCGUCGACGCCCCUUGGGAGUUGAAGGCUCCUAAGAUUCUCGGUGUUCGCCUCGAGGGUAAGCUCAGCGGAUGGGCUUCGCCUAAGGAUAUCAUCCUGUCCCUAGCUGGUAAGCUGACUGUCCGCGGUGGCACUGGCUCUAUCCUUGAGUAUCACGGCCCUGGUGUCGAGACUCUGAGCUGCACGGGUAUGGCUACCUGCUGUAACAUGGGUGCUGAGGUGGGUGCUACCACCUCCAUCUUCCCUUUCUCGCCUAGCAUGGUUCCCUACCUGCAAUCGACCCACCGUGGUCACGUCGCAGAGGCCGCUGCCAAGGUUGCCGCCGCCGGCCCCUCGAGCCUGCUGCGCGCCGACACCAAGGCCGAGUAUGACCAGGUGAUCACCAUCAACCUGUCCGAGCUCGAGCCCCACAUCAACGGACCCUUCACCCCCGACUUCUCAGUGCCGCUGUCCAGGUUCGCCGACACCGUCCGCGAGAAGAAGUGGCCCGAGACCUUCGGUGCUGGCCUCAUCGGUAGCUGCACCAACUCCUCGUACGAAGACAUGACCCGCGCCGAGGAUCUCGUCAAGCAAGCCACCGCCGCCGGACUCAAGCCCAAAGCCGAUUUCUUCAUCACCCCCGGCAGUGAACAGAUCCGCGCCACUCUCGACCGCGACCAAACGCUAAACACCUUCUCCGAAGCCGGCGGCAUCGUCCUCGCCAACGCCUGCGGCCCCUGCAUCGGCCAAUGGAACCGCACAGACGGCGUCCCCAAGGGCGAAGACAACGCCAUCUUCACCUCCUACAACCGCAACUUCCCCGGCCGCAACGACGGCAACCGUCGAACAAUGAACUUCCUCGCUUCACCGGAGCUCGUCACCGCGCUCGCCUACUCCGGCAGCACAACUUUCAACCCCAUGACCGACUCCCUGACCGCACCAGACGGCUCAGAAUUCAAGUUCCAGCCCCCCAGCGGCUUUGACCUCCCCAGCGCCGGCUUCGAAGAAGGUAACCCCAACUUCCUCCCCACAGCCGCCGUCCCAGACGCAAGCAGCGAAGUCAUCGUCUCACCGACCUCCGACCGUCUCGCUCUCCUCGAGCCCUUCGCUCCCUUCCCCGAAGGCGAUCUCUCAGGUCUCCAGGUCCUGUACAAGGUCAAGGGCCAGUGCACAACUGAUACUAUCUCGGCCGCAGGCCCAUGGUUGAAGUACAAGGGUCACCUGCCCAACAUCUCCGCGAACACUCUGAUCGGCGCCGUCAACGCCGCUACUGGCGAGACCAACGUCGCUUACGACGAAGCCGGCAAGCAGUACGGGAUUCCGGAGCUUGCAGAGACAUGGAAGGAGCGCGGAAUCUCAUGGCUCGUUGUUGCAGAGGAUAACUACGGCGAGGGUUCUGCGCGCGAGCACGCUGCUCUGCAGCCCCGCUACCUCGGCGGCCGGGUUAUCGUUUCUAAGUCCUUUGCCCGUAUCCACGAGACCAACCUUAAGAAGCAGGGUGUUGUCCCUCUUACAUUUACCAACCGUGAGGACUAUGAUCUUAUUGAUGCUUGUGACAAGGUUGAUACUGUUGGUCUUUACGAUGUGCUUAAGUCUGGUGGUCAGGGUGAGAUCCAGCUGCGUGUUACUAAGCAGAAGACUGGGGAGGUGUUUACUGUUCCUGUUCAGCACACUUUCAGCAAGGACCAGUGUGCAUUCAUCCUUGCUGGUAGUGCUUUGAACUUGUUGGCUAAGAAGGCUCACGCUUGA